UAUUCAUCAUGUCGCAUAGUUUAUUAAAAAAAUUUUGUUUGUUAACAACAAUAAUCUGUAUAAUAUUAUGUGAAAAAAUUGUCGAAAGUCAAGAAACUGCGAUAAUAGAAGCCUUAUCCGCAGAAAAUGAUGAAAAUAAAAGGUACAAUAAUGUGGAUUUAACUUCAUGGGAAAUAUGUUUUGAAAAUGAAAAUUUGAACCAUUCAGAAACAGAUGACCAAACAGAAAUGAUACCUUAUAGUUUGUCACCAACACAGGAUUUCUAUCUUCAACCGAAUUUUCAACGAGAUGACAAAACUAUUAGCUCUCAUACAUAUCAAGUGGACGCGUUAACCAAUUUGAAAUCUUCUGGUAUGAGUCUAAGAAGAUACGACGGGGUAUUAUAUCCCUAUACACAUUCCAAUAUGCUUUCUUCAUUUAAUACUAUACCGCCAGUGAGAUAUCUACCCCCAGUUUAUUCUCCUCUUCAUGAUACAUUUUUAUCUGAAAAAAGAGAUUCUGAUCAAGGUUCUAUCGAGAACGUUCGACCACCGAGAGUUGAAAAUGAUUUUUGGGAGCAGCUACAGUACGAUUCUAUUAUGAAAAAUAUUUUGCCGACAAUGCCUAUGUUUCUUCGGAAUACUGAAACUCUAACACCAAGAAAAAAAUAUCCGUACUAUGUUUCAAUUCUAUCUUUGUGCUCGCCUGGAAUGAUUUAUAGCCGACCAAGUUUAGAUGGUGAGAUAGAACUGCCAAUACCAUAUGCCUAUACAUAUAGUUUCGUGGGGAAUAGAAAUUUUCCCGAUCAUGUUGAUUCUUACAAUAGGAAUGAAAAUAAAAUUAAAAAAAUACGAAGCCAUAUGCCCACCGGGGGAAAUGAUGGGCACAAACCUGCAAUGCAUUAUGCGACGCCACACUACCAUGACCAAUGAUAAGCAGUGGCAGUACUAUGGAGAAUAAGAAAAAAA